AUGGUCAGAGUCGCAGUAGCAGGUGGAACCAGUAGCCUCGGCCGCUUGGUUGUCAAUGCCAUCGUAGCCAUCAAAAAGCACGAUGUCUUCGUGCUCUCCCGAAAGGAUUCUGACAUCUUCGCUUCCGAACCCAACGUCAAGCUUUUCGCUGUUGACUACGCGGUUCCAGCUACCAUCACUGCCGUCCUCGAGGAGAAUCGCGUCGACACCGUGAUAUCGUGUCUCAAUUUGAACACCAGAGAAGCAAGCGACGCACAGCUCAACCUCAUUGAGGGAGUCGGCAAGACGUCGACGGUUAAGCGAUUUGCUCCCAGCGAGUUUGGUCUUGACAAUGUUGAAGUAGCCAAGGUAGACUUCGACUAUCCUGUCUUGGAAUUCAAAAUUGCAGCGAUCGAUAAGUUGAAGGAAUUUCCGUCUUUAUCAUCUAUCCGCUUCAUCACGGGGAUGUUCAUGGAUUUCUUCGGCCCGCCACCGAACCCGCCGCAAAUAAAUGUUAUCUCCAUAGUUAUCGAUCCCGAGCAUGCGAAGGCUGGUAUCCCAGGCGAUGGCAGCGCUACCAUCAUUAUUACUCAUACUACAGAUGUGGCGCGCUUCGUUGCCGCUGCUCUGAGCCUGCCAGACUGGCCCGAGAAGGUAAUUAUCCAAGGAGAUAGACUCACAUUGGAUGAAGUAGUCGCAGUAGCCGAAUCUGUGAAAGGGUCCAAAUUUGAUGUUACUUACUCUUCGGUCGAGGACCUCAAAGCGGGCAAGAUUACGGAGCUUCCUUCAAAUAUCCCUCGCUACGCAUUUGUCCCCAAGCCUAUGGUUGAUGGCAUUACGCAGACUUUCACCAUCGGUAUGGCGAUCGGCUUAUUUGACAUCAAAGGACCACUUUUGAACGAUCUGAUUCCAGAAGUGAAGCCACUCUCGCUUGAGGCGUUUUUGAAGAAGAGCUUGCAACUCUAG